GAAGAGCAGAUAUCAGAAGAGGAAGCAUACAAUCUUACAGAUGGCUACCGCCUGCCUGCACUGAAGGUUUUAUACCAACUCUGGGUAGCACAAAGUUCAGAGUUCUUCAGAAGAUUAGCCCUGUUACUUUCUACAAAUAAUUCACCUCCCGGGCUUCUACUUACUCCAGAACUUUUGCCUCAUCGUAUUUUAUCUGAUGUGACUGAAGGUCUACCUCAUGCUCAUUCUGCCUGCUUGGAAGAGCUUAAGCGCAGCUAUGAAUUCCAUAGGUAUUUUGAAACCCAGCACCAAACAAUACCCCAGCGUUUAUCCAAAACCCAGAAGUCCAAGGAACUGAACAGCGUUCACACAGCAGUGCGCAGCUUGCAGCUCCAUCUGAAAGCAUUACUGAAUGAGGUGAUAAUUCUGGAAGAUGAACUUGAAAAGCUUGUUUGUACUAAAGAAACUCAAGAACUAGUGUCAGAGGGUUAUCAAAUCCUAGACCAGAAAUUAAAGUUGAUUGAGCCCCAUGUUCAAGCAAGUAAUAGUUGCUGGGAAGAGGCCAUUUCUCAAGUGGACAGACUGCUUCGAAGAAAUACAGAUAAUAAAGGUAAGACUGAAGGGGCCUGUGUAAAACCUCGCUGUGCAGUAAGCCCCCCAGCGCAGCCCUCUCUCCACAUUGCAGACAAAGAUCCCAUCCCCGAGGAGCAGGAAUUAGAAGCCUAUGUAGAUGAUAUGGACAUUGACAGUGAUUUUAGAAAAGACGAUUUUUGUUACUUGUCUCCAGAAGAUAAAGAGAGACAGAAACGUGAACAUGAAGAGUCUAAGAGGGUACUCCAGGAAUUAAAAUCUGUGCUGGGAUUCAAAGCCUGUGAGGCAGAAAGGCAGAAGUGGAAGCAGCUUCUCUUCAGUGACUAUGCUGUGUUGAAACCAUUGUCUCCUGUAGACUCAGUGGAACCCAUAAGUAAUUCAGAGCCAUCAGUGGAUUCAGAUAUGGGGAAAGUUGGCAAAAAUGAUACUGAAGAGGAAAAUAGCGAACCUUCCACCAGUGGCAAUGAAAUAAGUAGGACUGAGCAUCUCUGUGAAACUACUCUAGAUGAUAACUAUAAAGACAGUUCUACAAACGAACUCUUCCUCCAAGGGACUGAAGAAAAUGUGUGUUACCAAUGUGAGAGUGAAGAGGAAUCUCAGCAGGCAGAUAUAGGCGGCCUGGCCACUGCUCACCCGGCACCCAGGGACACUGUUCAGGCCUCCAUUAAGGAGAGGCUGGCACAACUACACUUGUCACCAGGUUUUACCUUCACUGCUGGCCUCGCUGCAGAAGUGGCUGCUAGAUCUCUCUCCUUUACCACCUUGCUGGAGGAACAAACUUUUGGUGAUGAGGCGGAAGAACAAAUAAUAGAAGAAAAUAAAGAUGAGCUAGAAGAAAAGUAAGAACCAAAAUUCACAUGAAGGAUUUUAUAUGUAAAAUGCCUUUUAUGAAUGUGUUUUUAGCUUCAUGGUAUACCACUAGAUAUGCCACUGGCAAGGGAAAGUAAGUGCAAGUUUACUAUAUCUAAAAACUAAGAUGUAAUUUAUAUCCAUCUGAUCUGAAUAGACACAACCUAGAAAUGGCAGGUCCGUAGGAAAAAUCAUGAAUGAUAAGGGCUAUGUUGAAUGAACCGCUGUUUAAUUUGCAGCACAACUGAUCGGUCUUGGAAAUUCUUGGAGUAUAUCUAAUAAGAAAUAAUAAUCUUAUCAUUUCUUGCCCGAAUUUGCUACCACAAAAUGACUGGGAUAAUUCUGAAGCAAGAAAGUGAACAGUUGACUUCUUUAUACUGUAUCCUUUCAGUUAAUAACUGCAGUCUGUAAUGUUAAUAACAAGUUGUUUGUAUUUUAUUUCCGUUUAUACCAAUCGUAAAGAUGCAGGCUCUGAAUAAAAGGAACUGAAUUCAUAUGAAAAAAAAAA